AUGGUCAAGUACGCGGAUUCAUACAAGGUAGAGCCAUGGAGACUGAACUUGUUUAUCAUAGGAGCGGUUUCGAUGGUGAUUGGCAUUGCUUUUGUUCUCUAUGUUCCAGAUGACCCGUCGAAGGCGUGGUUUCUCGAUGACGAAGAGAAGGCAAGGCUCGUUGAGAGGCUGAGAGGAAACCAGCAAGGAUUUGGCUCGAAGCAGAUCAAAAUGCAUCAGAUUAAGGAGGCGCUGACGGACGUGGUCACCUGGUACUACUUCUGGUAUGGCGUUUCCUCGGACAUUCCGUCCGGUUCCAUGGGAUCCUUUGGUUCCAUUUUACUGAACGACGACUUUGAAUUCAGCGUUUCGAAGUCGAUGCUCAUGAACCUGCCCUCAGGUGCAAUUGGGUUCCUUGGCAAUCCGUUAUUUGUCUGGAGCUGUCAGAAAGUGUGGAACUCCCGUAUGUUCAUUUCGGUGUUUUCCACUGUGAUCUGUAUUGCGGCUGCAUGUAUGCUCGCAUGGCCCAACGGGAACAACAAAGUGGGCCUGGCAGGGUUUUAUCUUCAGGAGUUAAACCCCAUUAGUAUGGUGCAAUGCCUGUCGUGCUUUUCAAGUAACACGGGAGGUACCACAAAAAAAGCUGUGAUGGACGCAAUCUUCCUGAUUGGCUACUGUGCUGGAAUGAUCAUUGGCCCCCAAACCUUUAUCGACUCUCAGGCACCUAGCUAUUACGGGGGGAAAGUCGCCAUUGUGGUCUCCUACUCCGCCGGUCUGGUCUUCUUGCUCCUGAUCUGGUGGGAGUAUGAACGCAGAAACCGCAAAAACGAAAAGAUGCUUAGAGAGCAUCCUGAAAUUGCAGAGGAGGCAGGCAGGAUAGAGAACAUCGAGUUUGCGGACCUGACCGAUAAGGAGAAUCCAUUUUUCCGGUACUCGACAUGA